GUAAAUAAAAUGAGUACAUUUUAGUUAUGAGAAAUGUUAAAUCUUCAAUCAUAAUCCUUAAUUAAAGAGGAGUGAAAUCAUUCACCAAAAAAAAAAAAGAGGAGUGAAAUCACAACAUUAUUCCUGGGAACCACUACAGAGGAUUGUGUUGUGACAGAACAACGGUGAUGUGAAAACUUCAGUCCAACAUUUGAUGAAGACUCACAUGAAAAACGUAGUUUCUAGACUCUCUGUUGCUCAAUCUACAUGGAUCACACCCCAUGUUGUAUCUUGUAGCUAUGUGACCGAAACCCAUCAUGCCCAUGCCACGAAACAUGAAACCACCGUUGUACAAGCAGACAGUCAUUCAUAUGGUUCUGUUUCAACCACUUUCCAGGUUGCCUGCCACAUGUUCGAAGAAAUGUCUGACUUAACUGUUGCAUCAGCCACGACCAUAAUUGGCGGCUUCGCUAAGCGGCAUUGCCAUGAAGAUGCUAUAUAUCUUUUCUCAAGAAUGCUUGCUUCAAUAAUUAGACCCAAUGAGUUCACAUUUGGAACUGUGCUUCACUCCUCAACUAAUGUUGUCUCGUGGAAUGCCAUGGUUGGUGGUUGCAGCCAAACAGGCCAUAAUGAAGAAGCUGUGAAUUUUUUUAUUGACAUGCUUAAAGAAGGAUUUAUACCAAAUGAAUCUACAUUUCCCUGUGUGAUUUGUGCAGCUGCAAAUAUAGCUUCCCUUGGAAUUGGAAAAAGUUUCCAUGCAUGUGCAAUCAAGUUUUUGGGUAAGCUUGAUGGGUUUGUUGGGAAUUCACUUAUUAGCUUUUAUGCAAAGUGUGGGAACAUGGAAGACAGCCUCCUAAUGUUUGACAAGCUUUUUAAAAGGAACAUAGUUUCGUGGAAUGCCGUGAUAUGUGGUUAUGCACAGAAUGGAAGAGGUAAUGAAGCUAUAAGCUUCUUCAAAAGAAUGGGUUCUACAGGCUGUAAACCCAAUGAGGUUACCCUUCUUGGGCUACUCUGGGCUUGUAAUCAUGCCGGUCUUGUUGAUGAGGGCUACUCAUAUUUCAAUCAAGCCAGGCUUGAGAGCCCCAGUUUGCUAAAACCCGAGCAUUAUGCUUGUAUGGUUGACUUGCUUGCGCGCUCUGGACGUUUUACAGAAGCUGAGUGUUUCCUUCACAGUGUGCCUUUUGACCCUGGAAUUGGAUUUUGGAAGGCAAUACUUGGGGGCUGCCAAAUCCACUCUAACAAGGAGUUGGGGGAGCUUGCAGCAAGAAAGAUUUUGGCUUUGGAUCCUGAUGAUGUAUCGUCAUAUGUGAUGUUGUCAAAUGCUCAUUCUGCAGCAGGUAGAUGGUCAGAUGUGUCAAAACUAAGGACAGAGAUGAAGGAAAAAGGGAUGAAGAGGAUUCCAGGUAGCAGUUGGAUUGAAAUCAGAGGCAAAGUUCAUGUUUUUCUUACAGCAGAUCAGAAUCAUGAUGAAAUUUAUGUGCUUCUAAGAUACUUCUUCGAGCAUUUAAGAGAAAAUGAGGCUUCCAAUUUACUCAACAUUUUUUUGCAUUGUUCAGUUUAAGUAAUGGGCAUAGUUCUGUUUGAUAUUUGAAUUUUAAGAAGGGUUGAGUAUUAUUUGCUUUUAGAGUUCCGUAUUCUAUUAGUUGAGCAAGAUGACAGUGCCCAUGCUGCUGCUUGAAGUAGAGGAAAAUCUAGCAAGGUAAUUCGGAGCGUAGAAACAAAAUUACAGCCAAAUCUAAGCAAUGACAAAGCUUUACAACAAUUUUGGUACGUAAAACUAAUUUUCAACCUCUCAUGCUAACUCACAUGAUUUCAGGUCCUGCUCCCUGGCUCUUUAACUCCUCAAGGUUUAGCUGCAAAAUUGCAGUAAGAUUUCAGAUUUGGCAAUUUCCUUUUGUAUUUUAUGUCUAGCCAGAAUGUGCUCGAUAUAACGGUCUUUUGCAUUUUUUGCAUUCUUAUUUUGCAUCCAGCCAUCCAUCUAACCACCUUCUACAUUAGUUUUUAGCAUUCUUAUUGUGUAUGCUUAAUGCGGUUUCUUCUAUCUGAACUCAAGACGUGCAUAUCAUUUUCUAGCUGGCAAGAUUUUGUAUGUAUGUUUGUACUAUUUAAGCAGCUAAACAAACUUUCAAUAUAAAUCACACUAAUUUGGCUACUCUUAAUUAGAAAUGAUGCACAAUUAAUGGAAAGUUUUGUUUAAUUUCCAACAUAUAUAAAAUGUUAUCAACUUGAAAGAAAUGAACUUUUUCAUAUUGGUUUGCACAUUAAUUUUAGGACAAUUUACGCUUUACAUCCUUAAAAUUUUUGUCUGAUUCAAUUUUAGUUCACCAGCCACCAAAUUUAACCCCCUGAAGAUUUUUGUCUGAUUCAGAUUUAGUUAACCAUGCCCCAAGUCCCCCGUCAUCAAGCGGCAAAGUUAGUGGAGAAUAAAUACAUCGAAAAACGAGUUGCAGCGUUGCCAACCACAAUUGACGUGUCUUUCAAAAAUCGAAUUGAGCUAAGUCAAAAUGAUGUAGAAACAUAUGCAUCUUAUGCUUCUCAUGAAGACACCCAUGUUCUUUCUCCUUUGUAUGAUAAAUCGGCCACCACUGCUCCAUAUAAAGAGGCCAGGGAAGCAUUGAAAAUGGUUCAAGUCUUCUAAAUCACUUUGCAAUAAGUUCAAAGUUCGACGGAGUAAACUCAAGC